AUGACUUCUCUCGUCAGUAUUGCUCUUUACGCUUACGCCACCGCCGUGCUAGGUGGCAUGAUGAUGUUUCCAGCUUCGGAUGCCGUCAGGGCAAUGGUCAUGUUUGCGGUCAAUACUGGGCUGGGCCGCAUUAUAGGCAGCUACGCAAUCUCGCAGGACCACUAUUGGAGGACAACCGUAGUUGUAGAUGUUGUGCGCUGGCAGAUGGACGAGCUCCGAACUAUGUAG